CAGAUUUGGAAUUAGAUGGGGACACUUUCACCAAUUUUGUAAUGAGAUUCCACGACCCAGUCUCUGAUCAAUGGGUAAACGACACGUUCGGACAUUGUGGCCUUGUUAAAGGUGACCCCCACUUGGCGACGUUUGACGGAUAUAGAUUCAACUUUAAUGGAUUUUGUUCAUAUGUACUGACAAAAGAGUGUGGUAAAUCUGUACCUUCAUUUCAAAUCAACGCUGAUUUCCGAGGUAGAGAUGGUGAAAAUCCUUACGAACCUCCAACCAGAAUGGUCGCACUUGACAUAUAUAAUGAUGGUAAAUCUGUAGUCCGUGUUAAUGCAGAUAAUUCUAUACAG